AUGAAGAGCCUCGUCGUGGUCGUACUUCUGCUCGCGGUCGGCCUUGGCGCCGGCCAAAACAACAAGGGUUGGUGGAAGAACGCGAUCUUCUAUCAGGUAUAUCCCCGCAGUUUCAUGGAUUCCAAUAGUGAUGGCAUCGGGGAUUUAAAAGGUAUUAAGGAUAAGCUUUCACACUUCAUCGAAUCUGGAAUAACAGCGAUAUGGUUAUCACCAAUUAAUCGAAGUCCUAUGGUAGAUUUUGGAUACGAUAUAUCUGACUUUAAAGAUGUAGAUCCAAUAUUUGGUACUAUAAAAGAUCUUGAAGAUCUCACUGCAGAAGCGAAGAAACAGAAUUUAAAGGUUAUUCUAGAUCUUGUCCCUAAUCAUACUUCUGAUCAACAUAAAUGGUUCCAAAUGAGUAUAAAUAAUACUAAUAAUAAUAAUACUAAUAAAUAUAAAGAUUAUUACAUAUGGGUUGAUCCUGUCAAAGACGAUAAAGGAAAUCCAAUUAAAGACAAAUAUCCUAAUAAUUGGCUUAGUGUAUUCAAUGGUACAGGAUGGACUUUCCACGAGGGUAGGAAACAAUUUUAUUUCCAUCAAUUUUAUAAGCAACAACCAGACUUGAACUACAGAAACUCGGAUGUGAGAGAAGAGAUGAAGAAUAUAAUGAAAUUUUGGUUGGAUAAAGGAAUCGAUGGAUUCCGCAUAGAUGCUGUACCACAUUUAUUCGAAAGCGCUAACAUAUCGUUAGAUGAACCACCUUUGGGUAAAAAUCUCAACUUAAGUCUCCACGCUUCUUUAAAUCACACUUUAACGAAAGAUCAACCCGAGACUUACGAAUUGGUAAAAGAAUGGCGAGAUUUUGUGGACAACUAUGCAGAAGAAAAUAAGCGGGAUGAAAUAGUACUUUUGACAGAGGCGUAUUCUUCUUUAGAGAACACUCUCAAAUAUUACGAAGUUGGUUCAAAUGUUCCCUUCAAUUUUAAAUUUAUAACAGAUGCAAAUUCAUCUUCCACGCCAGAACAAUUUAAAGUAAUUAUAGACAAUUGGAUAAAAGGAACGCCCCAAAAUAAUGUUCCAAAUUGGGUGAUGGGAAACCAUGAUCGAGUUCGUGUCGGUACACGUUAUCCUGGUAGGGCGGAUCACAUGAUAAUGUUGGAGAUGAUUUUGCCUGGAGUCGCGGUCACGUAUUAUGGAGAAGAAAUCGGUAUGGUGGAUAACACUACGAUAUAUAAAUAUGAUGUACGUGAUGGUUGUCGUACACCAUUCCAAUGGGAUAACUCCAUUAAUGCAGGCUUUAGUAAAAUCGCUGAAAAUUUGCUUGAAAAGAAUUGGCUACCUGUUCAUACAUCGUACAAAAGUGGACUAAAUUUGGAGCAAGAGAAAAAAGAUAGUAUUUCUCAUUAUCAUCUUUAUACCAACUUGACCGCUUUAAGAAAGAGAGAUGUGUUGAAAAAAGGAAACUUUACUAUAGAAAUUUUAAACAAAACUGUUCUGGCUGUCGUGCGACAAAGCGAAGAAGAAGCGGUAUCUCUUUUGAUCAACUUCUCUAAAAAUAAUACUAUCGUGGAUAUAUCAAAGUUGGUGAACAAAAGAAAUAAUGCUAAAAUUUACACAAGCAGCGUAAACUCCAAUUUGACAGUAAAUCAAACUGUAAAUCCAGUGGCUAUCAAUAUUCCUGGAGAUACAUCUAUAAUUGUAGAUUCAUCCACUUCAGGCGCUACUAUAGUCAAUUAUUCAAUCAUGAUUUUCUUAUCCGCAGUGUUCAUAUCUUUUUUCCAACGGUAA